ACACGUGAGAAAUUCCGCUAUUUCUCUGGUGAUCGUCUGGUGAUUUUUUCACGCGAACGACAUGAUAAUUCUCCCCAGCAGAGCGGAUCUCUCGCGCUCUAGGUUAUGUCACGCGAUCCCGCGCGAUCAGUCUGUCCGCCUCGCUGAACAAGCGCGUCGACGAGCGCCCGUAUGUCGAGUUUUAGAGUCUCGGGAAGGGUUUAGGCAUUUCGCGCCCUAAGGUUGCCCAGUCUGGGGCCCGGAAACGCGGCAAACCACCGGCGUCGUAUCCAUGUAACAGCUGCGCUGUCGUCUGCACGACGCGAUGCUAGCGUACGUUCGCUCGCCUCGUUCGAACACGAGCAGAACCGCUCGUGUUCAGGCAUGAUCAGGAGUCUGGGUCCUUACUGCGGCACUGGCAAGUUGUAUGCACGCGGACACACGCAGACUCUCGUGCACAAGCUGUUGGGUAACCGAGUAGAACCACCAGCCGGUAGUGUAUGCAUCGGCUCUCGUUCCAAAGCGCUUGGCAGGUCCUCCGCGAGCAACAUGAACGACACGUUCAGAUUCACCGAUUACGACUGCAUCGGCUUCGACCUGGACAACACCCUGCUGCGCUACAAUGUCACGAGCCUGGUGCGCAUGGAGUACGAGGAGCUAGCUGGGUUCCUGGUGAACCAGCGGGGUUACAGCGGGGCGCACCUGCUGAAACCGUUGACGGAAGAUGACCUGGACUUCAUGCAGAAAGGCCUGAUGCUGGAUCUGGAAAGGGGGAACGUGCUCAGGGUGAGCCCGGACGGCGUGAUACGCAGGGCGUCGCACGGAUCGCGGCUGCUGAGCGUCGAUCGCAUCAAGGAGAUAUAUCCUGAGCAGAGGUGGGACGUCACGGACGCGUACUGCAGCGACAUGCUGUCCGCCUGGAACGGCCCGCCGUCCAAGAAGAUCAGGAGCCUCCUGGAUUACUUCGACAUGUCGGCGAGCAUCGCGUUCACGCGGGCGGUCGACACGCUCGACGAGGAGCGCGGAUCGCCCUUGGACAGAUACAAUGUCUGGCCUGACAUCCUCGACGGGCUGUUCUACAUGUUCUCCAGGCAACACUUUCGAGAGCGCGAGGACGGGUUCUUCGGCCGUGUCAAGAGAAACCCGGAGAAAUACCUGCGCAAGUGUAAUCCAGAAACGGUAUCGUGGCUGAGGAAGCUGAAGGAGAGGUCCGCCACCUUCCUCAUCACCGGGUCGAACGCGGACUUCGCCAACUUCACCGCGAGCUACGCCCUCGGCGAGGACUGGCGGUCGCUCUUCGACAUCGUGGUGUGCUACGCGAGGAAGCCGAGCUUCUUUACUAGUGCUCGGCCAUUCCUGAACGUGAAUGUGAAUUAUGAUGAGGUCAACGUCAACAGCCAGUGCCUGAAGCGAGGCGAGAUCUACAGUCAGGGCAACUGGAACGAUCUAGUGAAGUUUCUGACUAGUAUAACGGGGAAGGCUGAUCAGCGGUGCUUAUACGUUGGCGAUAAUCUUAUACAGGACAUUUACGUGCCAAAUGCGUACAUACGUUGUGACACGCUGGCUGUGAUCGAGGAACAGAUGUCGGAGGGAAUGCUUCAUCACGGGUUGACGCAUCCGGACGAGAAAAUCUUGAACUCGAAAUUAUGGGGGUCGUUCUUUUGCUUGAAAGACUCGACGGUCAACGUAGACUCCUUGUGGGGACACGUUAUAAAGAAACACGCGAAGCUCUGUAUACCGGAAAUUGACGUAGUCGUGCAGAGACCUUUGGAAGAGCCCAUUCCUUCCUUUGAUAAAGACGGGAAAUUGUAUCGUGGAUAUUAUCCCGCUGUACCACUUAGCAUAUCAGCUAUGUAAUAUAGUAUUAAGACGAUUUUAUUACCGCAAACAAAGUCAGAUCCUUUUAUUACGGAAAAUUUCACCAAUUUCAUGGAAAUCUUGAGUGUUCAGUCUGCAGGUUUUAGAUUUAAUGUACUUAAUAUACAUAUAUAUGUACAAUAUAAAUACAUUUGUAUUGUAAGAAAGAUCUUUAUAAGAUUCGUUGAAAACACUACAAUGCUUCCUACAGUACCGCAACCUUUAUAAAAUAAAAGCAUACAAAAAAAAUAA